AUGCUGUGUCGCAAUGAAGAGCGCGGGGCAGAAGCGAAGAUCAAAUUGGCACAGAUGGGUUGCGAUGCUACACGUCUGAUCAAUGUCCGGUGCGAUCUUGCAGACUUCAGCAGCGUAAGAGAAUGUGCGAAGGAGAUUUUGAAAGAAGAGGAUAAGGUCGACAUACUCAUAAACAACGCGGGAGUGAUGUUCUAUCCGAAAUACGAGAAAACGGUUGAUGGUCAUGAAAUGACUUGGCAAAGUAAUCACCUCGGUCAUUUUCUCCUAACUCAUCUACUUCUGCCUGCAAUGGAAAAGGCUCCGAAAGCACGGAUCAUCAAUGUCUCCUCGGAUCUUCAUCGCAAAAGCAAAGCGCUGGACUUGGCCACCAUCGAUGACAAGAAGAAAUUCGGCAUCUUCGAGCCAUACAAUCGCAGCAAGCUUGCAAAUGUGAUGCAUGCUCGAGGGUUAACCCGACAUCUUCACAAGCUCGGCAUCCACCACGUCACUGUGAAUGCGUUGCAUCCUGGUGUGGUGAAUAGUAAUUUGUCGCGAUAUACACCGCUCCUCAAAACCCCUAUCCGUGAAAUAACCGCGCCGUUCAGAUGGUUCUUUCUCAAGACAGAUCGCGACGGUGCUCAGACUACACUUUAUUUAGCUCUUAGCAAGAAAGUUGAUGGUGUCAGCGGAAAGUUUUUCGCAGAUUGCAAAUUGGCUUCCGAAAAUCCAUUGGCUCUAAAUGAUCAAGCCUGUGACGAUUUGUACAACUACAGUUUGGAACAGUGUGGUGUUGCUGAUGAGUAG